AAAAGGAAAAGGAAUACGAAGAAUCCAAAAGCAAAAGCCACACAAAAACGGUCCCAAAAUGGCAUUUCUUUCGCAUUGUUCCUCUUAAAAAGCAAAAGAGCCAUUCGUCCCCAAAAGUCUCAAAAAUACACACACACAGCACCAAUAGGAGAAGAAGAAGAAGACCAUACUCGAGCUCUGUGCUAGCUGCUUUUGAUUCUCUGAAACCAAAUCCAAGAGCCAUUGACCUCAAUCCUAAUCAAAGCUUCAACCUUUUGGAACCAACACACCCAAACGCUUCGCCUUCGCUACAGGUGUCUGCAAUCACACCCAGCCAAAUGUACCAAAACCAUCACAAGCCCCAAUUCGAAACCCUAAAAUGCGUCCUCCUCCUCCUCUGCUCCCAUUAGAGCACCGCUACUCGGGAAACCCUAAUGGCGAAGCAGCAGCACUCGGCGGGGUGGGUGGCGUCCCAGAAGCGGUGGCUGUUGGCUUUCCUGGUCAUGCUCUCCGUCUCGACCUUGAUCGCCUUCUUCAUCAGAGCGGCGUUCGACUCCUGCGAUCGGAACCUCGACGUCGUCGGAAAGAGGGUGCCUUUGGGCUCGCCGAUUGGCACCAGUCCUAGCCCGUUGCGCUUCAUGAAGUCCAAACUCGUUCUCCUAGUCUCGCACGAGCUCUCUCUCUCUGGUGGGCCUUUGCUGUUGAUGGAGCUAGCUUUUUUGUUAAGAAGUGUUGGUACAGAAGUUUGUUGGGUGACCAUUCAGAGGCCGGUGCAUACUGACGAAGUGACUUACAGCUUGGAGAAUAAGAUGUUGGACCGGGGAGUGCAGGUCUUGUCGGAAAAGGGCCAAGAAGCUACAAAUAUAGCUCUCAAGGCUGAUUUAAUUGUCUUGAACACGGCGGUUGCUGGGAAAUGGAUGGAAUUGGAUGCCACUCUCAAGGAAAAUGUUCCCCAUCUUCUCCCAAAGGUGUUGUGGUGGAUCCAUGAAAUGCGUGGUCAUUACUUUAAGUUGGAUUAUGUCAAGCACCUCCCCGCUGUUGCAGGUUCUAUGAUUGAUUCACACGUAACAGCAGAAUAUUGGAAGAAUAGAACUCGAGAACGUUUGGGGAUCAAAAUGCCUGAGACCUUUGUUGUUCACCUUGGGAACAGCAAAGAGCUUAUGGAAGUUGCUGAAGACACUGUAGCCAAAAGGGUUUUGCGUGAGCAUGUUAGGGAGUCUCUUGGAGUACGAAGUGAAGAUCUACUAUUUGCCAUCAUAAACAGUGUUUCACGUGGAAAAGGCCAAGAUCUAUUUCUGCGUUCAUUCUAUGAAAGCUUGCGAUUGGUCCAAGAGAAGAAGCUGCAACUGCCAAAGAUGCAUGCAGUUGUUGUGGGAAGUGACAUGACUUCUCACACCAAGUUUGAGUCUGAAUUACGUAACUUUGUAAAGAUGAAGAAAAUUCAAGAUCGUGUUCAUUUCGUAAACAAAACGCUGACUGUAGCUCCAUAUCUAGCUGCCAUUGAUGUCCUUGUGCAAAAUUCUCAGGCACGGGGAGAAUGCUUUGGUAGGAUAACUAUUGAAGCCAUGGCAUUUCAGCUUCCUGUACUGGGAACAGCUGCAGGUGGAACCACAGAGAUUGUAGUGAAUGGAACAACAGGGCUCUUGCAUCCUGUUGGGAAAGAAGGGGUUACCCCUCUUGCGAAAAACAUUGUCAAACUUGCUACUCAUGUUGAGAGGAGACUUACGAUGGGAAAGAGAGGCUAUGAAAGGGUCAAAGAAAGGUUUUUAGAACAUCACAUGGCAAACAGAAUUGCUGGGGUUCUGAAGGUAGUGUUGCAGAAAUCAAAGAGCCACUCAGAUGCCUAAUACUUAAGAGGCACUUUAGUGUCAACUAGAAUGCCACAUAAUUCAAACUAUUUGGGGCGAAAUAUACAUCUGUAACAUGCUCUCUUCUCCUAGGGAUUUCAGUGCUUAUCAAAAAGAAGAUGAAUUACACUAGAUUAUUAGGACAAUUUUCCUGCUGUUGAUUUUUAUGUACAUGUUAAAUCAUCGCUAAUAGCUUUUGUUGUCAAGGUUAACAUUAUGGAUUUUGAUAUAUCAAGGUAAACAUCUUAUUGAAAUGAUUGGCUCCAA